AUGCUUUGCCCGGGCAUGGAACCUAUUAACUUCACGAAACUGAACUCCCCGUACGGACAAUCGAACUGCAGACCGGGCUGUAUAACCGUGCACGGCUCGAUGCCACAACGCCGGGGCUUAAAUCAUCUAGGCAUCAUCAAAUUCCUAAAUCCUCUCAUAACCUCCGAGCAGUCCAAGAGAGCGCAGCGUACACGAAGCGAGAUGAACGUGUAUGAUAAACUCAACAGAUAUACUCUACUGGGAACUGCAUUGCGGCGGGUGCAAGUCACGGGUGGUAGAGGGUCGUCAGAAAGUGGCGUGUUCUCGGUAGAAUCUUCCGCCAUUCAACACAGUACGGUGGCGUUCGAACGCCCAGCCAAGCACAGCGGCCUGGAACACUUCCCGAUCCAAAGAGGUGUGAAUGCUGAGACCGCACUGCCCAAAUACUCCGCGGCAUCCGCGGCGGGCAUGCGUCACGAGGCGGGGGCGACGCCAAGAAUUCCGCCCGGGCCGAAUUCGACUUGUCGGCUCGCGGCCUGUCCACACCAUCUGGCGCUUAGUGAUGCCGUGACUCUCGUAUCGAUAUCGAUACACGGC